AUGGCCACCCGACUGGCUUGUGCAGCUGCCUCUCGAGCAAGAUCGUCAGCGCUGCGGGCUGGAAUUGCGUUGAAAGCUCCUAGGUGUCGUGCUGAUCCCUCCCGAGGGACAGUUGCUGCCCUGAUCUCCUCCUCGUCCUGCUCAAGAACAUCAACAACCCGCACAGCAGCAAGCGGCGACACCAACACAGCACCGACCUCAACAGCAGCAGCCGCAGCAGCAGCCUCCGCCCCGGCAGCUGGAACGCAGGGGGGAAAUAUCGGCACUGCUGGCACUACCUCCUCUGCUGCUGCUGAUGCAAAAGCAGGCUCGGCAGCAGAACCGUUGAGUAACACGGGCUCAGAUCCGUCCAGCACCAUCACCAGAGGCGCUGACAGCAGCAGCAGCGGUGGCAGCGGCGGAGGUGGGGGCGGCGGCAGCCGAGGGCCGCUGACGUGGGGAGCUGUAGGUCUCCUCGGUAUCGUGGCAACUCUGGCAGUGGGGUACUACAGGAUGAAGUGGGAGGAGAAGCAGAAUCGGACUGCAUCCGAGGUAACGUCCACCGGGAAGCCCGCGUUGGGCGGGCCGUUUACCCUCGUCGACAUGCACGGCAAGCCGGUGACGGAAAAGGACUACCACGGGUCCUUCGUGCUGCUCUACUUCGGCUUUUGCCACUGCCCGGAUAUCUGCCCGUCAGAGCUGGUGAAGGUGGGCGCCAUAGCUACCAAGCUCGAAGGUAAGCUCGGCGCCGGCGUGGUGAAGCCGGUGUUCGUAUCGGUGGAUCCAGACCGAGACAGCCUGGCGCAGCUGAAGCACUACGCGCAGGACUUCCACCACAGGUCAGCGAGUCUGCCGGCGGCACCACCACCUCCACCGCGACAAGCUUUGCUCUUCAGCGGCACGCACAUCUCCUUUGCUGCCCUCUCAACACCCCGUUGCCUUCGUUUCGGUUGCAAGUGUACACAGCACCCGAUAUGAACCGACGUCCAGGCUAACAAGUUUUAUUCCGACCUAGAGGUCAUUGAAGGAGUUUCUUGUCUAGAGGGACAGAAGACGGCUGUUGGGUCCGUAUUCUUGCCUCACCGCCGCCCCAUCCUGAAAUCGUUUGGAAGAAAGACGUGUGUCGAAGGGGCCCACUCCUCUGUCGUCACACGCCGAAACUCCAAGCAACUUCUCCACACCCUUGCUUAAGUACAGCCCGAGCGCCAACAUGUUGUUUCAGUAGGUUCAUUUUUUUACAGUUCACAGGAGAUGGGGUGCUAAUAGCAGUUUUGUCAAUCGAGGAUUCCGAUACGCCGACUCCCCUUGUGUUCUUCUCCUCGCUUUCGCCACCACCGGUGCCUGACUUGGCGAGCAGCAUCGAGUACCUAACGGGCACCAAGGACCAGGUCGCCAAGGCCGCCAAAGCUUACCGGGUGUACUUCUCCAAGACGGAGGAGCACGAAGAGGGCGAGGACUACCUCUUGGAUCACUCCAUCGUCAUAUACCUGCUCGCGCCCAACGGGGACUUCUUGGAUUUCUUCACGCAACGAACCACGAUCGCCGACUGCGUCGACAGGACCGUCAAGAACGUCAAAGACUUUAAGGCUUGAGCAGAAACAAUGGAUAGAGACAGAUGUGCGGAGGCGAGAAAGAGGAGAAGAGAUAGACUCGCCGGCUGCUCGCUGCCUGCAAACUGGACACGCAGAUCUUUCGUGUUUGUUACCGUGUGGGGGGGAGGUCGAGUGUAGCGCUCUAGAAUAUGUUGAGUAGAAUGGCAUGGUGGCGUUAGUCACCCCAGGUUUUGUAGCGAGUGGGUCGCGUGUUCGCCAUGCGAGGUGCGGGACACAUCAGGGGUGCCUUUUAACUCGUCAAGUGUGCCGUCGGAAUCUUGCCAUGCUUCGGACUAGGCUGAGGACCUUCCUUGAGAAUGAUGGAUGCGUCGAACUUUGUUUUGUCCUCCUAGCCGUUGCUUGUUCUCGGGGGAUCGCUUCUCCGCCUUCGUUUCGCUAAACCGGGGAAACAUGAAAGAAGCCCUUGGAAAACUUGAACCCGACACGGCAGCUGUGCGUGGGAUUCAGCUCGUACUUUCAUCCACGGCUGGAAGUUGUGUCACAUA